CAAAUUCUCACAGGAAGAAUAUUAGUUUCAUCUCAGUGGAGGUGACCAUGCAGCCUGCAAUUCAGGUGUGGUUUGGGGAGGACCUACCUCUAAGUCCCAGGUGUCCCCUGACCCCCAGACAUGGACCAGGACUGGCUGAUGUCUGUCAGUAUGACGAGUGGAUAGCUGUGAGGCAUGAAGCUACUCUACUACCCAUGCAAGAAGACCUCUCUAUUUGGUUAUCUGGCUUACUGGGUAUUGACAUUAAGGCAGAAAGAUUGUUGGAAGAACUUGAUAAUGGAGUGUUGUUGUGCCAAUUAAUCAACGUUCUUCAAAAUAUGGUAAAAGCAUGCCACUCCGAAGAACCAGAGAAUUUUCCAAUGAGAAAAGUGCCUUGUAAGAAAGAUGCUGCGUCCGGUUCAUUCUUUGCCAGAGACAACACGGCCAACUUCCUUCACUGGUGUCGGCAUAUCGGGGUUGAUGAAACUUACCUCUUUGAAUCUGAAGGUUUGGUUUUACAUAAAGACCCCAGACAGGUGUACCUUUGUCUUCUUGAGAUUGGUCGGAUUGUGUCAAGAUAUGGAGUUGAGCCACCAGUAUUAGUGAAACUCGAGAAAGAAAUUGAGUUAGAAGAGACGCUGCUUAACACCUCGGGGCCUGAAGAAUCCAUUAACAUCCCCAAAUCUUGCUGUCAGCAUGAAGAACUACAUGAGGCUGUUAGACACAUUGCUGAGGACCCUCCUUGUAGUUGUUCCCAUCGAUUUUCUAUUGAAUAUUUAUCUGAAGGACGGUACCGGCUCGGAGAGAAAAUACUCUUCAUAAGGAUGCUUCAUGGAAAACAUGUUAUGGUCCGUGUUGGUGGAGGCUGGGAUACUCUGCAAGGAUUUUUGCUGAAGUAUGACCCCUGUCGAAUACUGCAGUUUGCUACACUAGAACAAAAAAUUUUAGCUUUUCAAAAAGGAGUUUCUAAUGAAAGUGUGCCAGAUGCACCUGCCAGAACACCCCAGCCUCCAGAAAUGAACCCUUUGUCAGCAGUUAACAUGUUUCAGAAACAAAAUUUAAAACCUGGCACACCAGCGAGCAUUCCAAAGAGCAAGGAGAAACAGGUACGUCCACCGGGAGUGUUGCCUCCAGCAUCAUCAGUGAAGGGUAGUUCAGCUUCCCUGUCCGCCCGUUCUAAGCUUCCGGAUUCGCCAGCAUCAUUUCCCCAUGCCAAGAUGGCAUCCUCAAAGGGCAGAGCACAAAAGCUGCAUGCUCCUCCCAACAGUGUGUCAUCUUCCCAGGCUUCUUUAAAUCCAGUGGGUAACAGCACCACACCAGCUUCGUCAAGCACUGCCCAGUGUGCAUCUGAGUCAGCGGGAAAAUGUGUCACUGUCCCCAAGACUGCUAAGACCAUGGCUACUCCAGCCCAGAAGUCAAGAGAGCUAUCUAAGGCUAGACUUUUGCCAAGUAAGUCUUCUGGAAAAACUGAACCAAAGUAUUUGAAACACAGUCAUCUUUCUUCCAGGGGUGAGUCACCUAUAAAUUUAUCACCCAAGUGUCCAAAGCUCCCUAAAGGAAACACGCACGGAAGGCCUAACCCUUCUCCUUUCCAAUCCCCUGCAAAAGUGACCAAACCCAGUUCUAAAACCAGAGCCAUGGGUCUAGGGACGCAGACUCAGCCCCCUGGUAGAGCUCUGAAACCAAGGGUCAUCUCAGCACCAAGACUUCAGUCCACCUUGAAUGUCAACCAUCCAGCUUCUGUGUGUGCAGCGUCCUCCACAAAAGCUGCUCAGGAAUCAAAAGGUGAGAAUGGAUUUUCCGUUGCCAGAAAGCAACCACAGAGUAAGGGUACCUGCCAGAAGACAGGACCUGGCUCUCCAAAGUCUCCUGGCCGAACCCCACUGUCCAUUGUGAGUGUCCCCCAGUCUGCUGCCAAGGUGGAAACUGUCUCAAAGCUGGCACAGACUGCCCUGAAGGGCCAGUAUUCAGCUAAAGGGCCUCCCAAAAGUGGCAUGCCACCAGCUUCCACCAGGAAACCACCCUCAUCUGGGAAGGGAACAGCCAGUGGAGCUACAAAACCUACUGCCAAGAAAAAGGAGGACAAUGACCAUUAUUUUGUUAUGACUGGAAGUAAGAAGCUUAGAAAAUAAAUACACUUAACAAAUCCAGGUGACCGAGCAGAAUGGGGAUCACCUCCACCAGGACCUCAAAAGGUCUUCCUAUGUAUGUUUGUCGGGAUAGCUACAGACAUGAGUUCAAGAUGGAGGAUGAAGUCAGGAGACAGGGCUGGGUCAAGGAGAAGACUCACAUGAGUUUUGUUUAUUAAUAGGCACAUGCAUGAGUUUUGAUCUGUGCCGUCUGUUUAGGUCUGCUGUUUGAGGAAAAUGCAAAAGUUCAACAACACUACUAGAAUUGUAGCUAUAUAGUUGGUGUGUCUUUGAAUAGGUAUUAACUAUGGAGAUUGUCUGCUAAUAGCAUCUCUGAUGCUCUUAACACUAGUUACUGUGUUCAGUCAUAAAGCAAUGGUUUGUUUGGCUUUGGUGUGUGCCCUAUAAUCCCAGCUCUGAAGGCUGAGGCAGGACACUGCCGGGGGUACAUAGGAAAACCCAGCAACGGUUUGACACGUGCUCUAAAAAGCACCUGAAUUAACUUUCUGAUCAGGAAUCCUGGUCCAUCAAUCCUAAGUACCAAUGGCUGCUGCUGCUUGGUUUGACAUUCUGGAUUAAAUGGAAUUCUUAUUAUUUGAUUCUCUAUAACCUUUCCAUA